AUGCGUACCGCAAGAUACCCAUUGUCGCCCCCGGGCCUUGAAGAGCUCGCCAAGGUUCUCGAAGCGCCUUUGGCUGCCAACUAUGAGCAUAUAGCCAUCAGCGUCGUUGAGUGUCCCGAUCUUCGCGCAGCACCAUUCAACCUGGCAACAACGGGCCUGUCGGGUAACGAGAAGAUCUCGGACGUUGGAGGCCAGUCAAAUCUUUUUCCCAGCCCUCGACUCGACACCAUAUGGAGCAUGAAGGAGCUUGCACAGGCGAUGGAGAUGGAUCCCGACAAGGGCAGCAUUAUUGGGGCCGGAGCUGGACCUUUCCAUCAGGUCGGUCGCAACUGCGAGCUCGCUCCUAACUUCAGUUGGGGCAAAGAUUUCGGCGAUGUCGACAACCGAACACACAUCGCUAAGAUCGACAAGGACACCGGAGCGCCCAGAGUAGAAAAGAGCCCUACCUUGGACUGCGCAUUGAUGAUUAACCUCUUCGGCUCUGAAGGCAAGACUGGGCCGGUACUGAAGAUUACCGCUCGUAAACGAAAGGGGCCAGAAAGCAGUUUUACGCAGUGUAUACGGAAGGGUCUCAGAACGGCUUACGGCGAUAAGCAGACGGUCAGUCUAGGUGGAGCAUUCAUCGUAAAGUCAGGACGCACGAACUACCACAUCAUGCCGGACUUCCCCCCGGCAUCGGAGCUCCCGUUCAAGGACCCCAAGCAACUCAACGACUGGCUGACAUACCACGACUUCGAUAGUCCUAUGGUGUGUUUGUCGGUCCUGCAUUCAGCGGAUCCAGAACAGGCAAUGGGUUUACGACUCGAGCAUACACACUGCUUUUCUCCAAAGGGCAACAACUCUGGAGGUCACUACCACCACGACAUUGAAGGAUUGCAAGAGGAGAUUGAGUAUGAAGGUUAUUUCAACACGGCAAAGAUGAUAUAUAGAAUGGAAAGGCCUUCAGUGACUCUAGCGCGAGAUCUUCACGACUAG